UAAUACUCGCGCUUUGCUAAAGAGCGAGAUCUCCUUAACCCCUUCGCUGCCGAUUACAAAGCCCAGACUGCAGUUAGGCUCCCAUCAUGGCGGCGAUUUGUGGAAUAGCUUCGCUCUUCUAUAUCCUUUCUAAAUGGGGUAAUUAUUAAACCCCGACGGCGGUACCUCCAGCUAAACCCGGCAACCCCCGCAUGCCUCACUAUGGCCGGGCAUGGCUUACUUGACGCAUUGUCUAGCUGAGAGGCAGCGUCGGAUACUUCGAGGUCAUGGGCCGAUCGGUAUGGGUGUUCUAGGGAUACAAUAGGUACGUAGGCUCGGGGUAACAUUCGGGCACUCAUCAUCAGUCUAGAUAGGUAUAAAAUGAACGCUGGCUCCCCAUAGAAUAUCCCCUCUAUCCAGCACCACUCCGCCAUUACCCAAUUAUCGACCCUCAGAGAGCCUCAAAACACACUGCAUCGGUCUAAAUCCUAUCGAAAAGACCUCAUCAUCAUGUCUCAGAACAACUACGUCAAGAAAGUAGCCAUCGUCGGCGCUGCUGGCACGGUUGGCACCUACAUCGUUGAGGAGCUCUUGAAGACUGGAAAGCACGAAAUCACGGCCGUCACACGUAAAGAUAGCCAGGCUGUAAUCCCCGCCGGGCUAAAGGUGGCCAAGGUCGAUUACGAGGACGAGUCGACACUAGUGAGCGCUCUACAGGGCCAAGAGGUCCUUAUCAUCACCAUGCAUAUCAGAGCUCCCCAGGGCACGCAGGAGAAGCUCAUCCGAGCCGCCGCCGCCGCCAAUGUCCCCUAUGUCUUGCCGAACGAGUGGAGCCCUGACAUGGCAGACGAGGCGAUGAGCACCGAUAUCAUCUUGGGACACGCCGAGAUAGCCACCCGAAAGUUGAUAGAGGAGCUGGGCAAGAGCUCGUGGAUCGGUAUGAUCACAAGCUUCUGGUACGAAUACAGCCUCGGCACCGGCCCGGAAACAUUCGGUAUGGACUGGAAGAAGCGCACCUGGACGUUCUUCGACGAUGGCGAGACAAAAAUCAACGUCAUCACCUGGGCACAGACCGGAAGGGCCGUGGCUAAGCUCCUCUCGUUGCCGAUUCAGCCGGAGGUGGAAGGUGGCCCGAGCCUCUCGGGCUACAAGAACAAGUUCGUCUACGUCUCAUCCUACCUACUCAGCCAGAAGGAUAUGUUCGCUGUAGUCUGCCGCGUUACCGGGACGAAGGCAUCCGAUUGGACGAUCGCAUAUGAGGACAGCACCAAGCGCUUCCAGGACGCCCGGGCGCUUGUCUUGGGCGGCGACCAGACGGCGUUUGUCAAGUUCCUGUACAGCAGGCUCUUUUUCAAGGACGGCUCUGGUAACUUUGAGGAUAGACGGGGCCUCGAUAAUGACGUCUUGGGCCUCCCGAAAGAGGAUCUUGACGCGUCGACCAAGGCUGCCAUCGAUCGCGCCGAGAAGGGUCUUAAGUACCACUAGUUAAGCGGAGCACUGAGCGUAUAUAUGGUCUUGUAGUGUAUUCUACAAACCCGAAGCUUUGUCGUGGAAAGUUUCUAUAGUAUCAAAAUAGUGUCCCCGAAAAUACAUCCCGCAAACGCCGAUCCUGGGUAUGUAUGUUUUGCCCCUAUUCACGCCGCCCUCUAAACCCCGGAAACCGUACCCGGACUCGCCCUACCAAACAAAAGCCCCGAGGAUGGGCUCAUAGACAAAACGCUUACCGUCGUCGGGUCUGUCACGUAGUACAUUGCCCCCGCCAACGUGCUCGGGUCGAUGGGCAUAUGCGGCCAGACGACGAAGAAGGAGCCGGCAACUGCCAAUAUCAUGAUGCUCAAGACACCCACCGCCAUCCAGGAACACACCUCGUGGGCCACGAAGCUCUCUGUGCACUUAUCCAGCGCGGUGCUGAGGAGCACGGGGAGAAUCUCAGAUAGAACCGCGGUGGCGGCCACGAUCCCAGCGUAAAUGUCUCGCUGUCCGGGCGCCAGCGAGGACCGUAUGCCGCUAAAGGGGUUUGUGGGAGGCGUCAUGUGGAUAAUAUUCCCCUUAAAGAGGCCGCUGCGUCUGAGUAGCCUGUAAGGGCUGAUGAACGCGACGGCUGUCCGGCGUUCGUUAGCAGGAGCACCAUCUCCCGAUGUCGUACCGGCAGUGCAACUUACCCUGGAAAAAGGAACCCCAGAUC